AUGGAAGAAAACGAAACAAUAAUAAAUGACCAUUCAUCUUUAGUUACAGAAGAAAAUUUUUCUUUCAUUAGUAAUGAGUCUCCUAUUGUUGUUUCAAAUGAUGAUACAUUGACUGUAUCCUCCCAAAAAAUUAGUGGAAAACCAAAGUCAAUUAUAUGGGGCAGAUACAUCAAACAAGGGAGAGAAAUUUCAAAAGGGCAUUGGAAUGCUACAUGUAAUUUUUGUGGGGAGUUUUGGUAUAAAGAUUCACCUGCUGCUCUUGAAAAUCACUUAGGUAAUUUAUAUGUAAAAGUACCAGUAGAAGUUCGCGUUUUUUUUUAG